AUUGUCCAUUGUGUAAUGCAAAUCCCCAAAAUUUUAGUCCCGUUUUUUUUUCUUGUAAAACUUGUAAAAGUUUCAGACUUUUUAAGCUUUCUGGUUAAUGGGUAUCUAUCAAUCAUCUCACUUUUUUCAUAUAUAUAUUUCAUUAAACAAAUGAUUGAACAAGUAGAUUUUUUAAUUUUUCAUUUGUUUUCUUUCUUGAUCUUUUGCAAUUUUGGAUUAUGCUCUCAUGUUUCUAGUAAUAUACUUUGUGUUAUAUAUAUUGAAUUAAUAUUCUUUUACGCGGAAGUGUUAUUUUUUUUUUCUUCCACUGCCCACAAGGCAUUGAUUCUCUCUUUCUCUCUCUCUCUCUAUCUCUCUCUCUCCUCUGUGUAGUUUUGCAGCUAGCUCUGCUCUGGUUUUGAUUUUGAUUCCUUGUGUUCCCAAAAAGAUUUAUUUCUUUUGUUUUUUAUAAAGGAAAAAAGAAGAAAUUGAUUUCAUCUUUCCAUGGAUGCCUUCUCUUAGUAGUAUUAGUUUUUUUUGUGUGUGUGUGUGUGUAGCUGUUGUACACAUUUAACAUCCCAUAGUUAAUGAUUCAGAUUCACAUCUCUUUUCUUUUUAUUCCCCCCUUCCCUCUCACCAUCACACCUCCAUAUUUUGCUCUAUAAAUACACAUUUCCCCUCCCUUACCUUCUUAUAUUAUAUUUUCCUUCAUUGUGUGUGUUGUUUUGAUAUUUCAAGUUCUCUCUACCAAAGUCUGCAAAGUUUGAACAACAAUGAGCUAUUCUCAUCAAAGCAUGGGUUCUGGUAGUAGAAGUACAAGGGGAUAUGAGUUUGGAAGGACUUAUGUUGUGAGGCCUAAAGGAAAGCACCAAGCUACUAUUGUUUGGUUGCACGGUCUUGGAGACAAUGGCUCUAGCUCGUCUCAGCUCUUAGAGAGCCUACCUCUUCCAAACAUAAAAUGGAUUUGUCCAACUGCUCCUUCGCGUCCUGUUUCGCUUCUUGGUGGAUUCCCUUGCACUGCUUGGUUUGACGUGGGAGAAAUUUCUGAGGAUCUUCAUGAUGACAUAGAAGGCUUAGAUGCUUCAGCUGCACAUAUUGCUAACCUCUUGUCAACUGAACCAACAGAUGUCAAAGUUGGGAUAGGAGGCUUUAGUAUGGGUGCAGCAAUAGCUCUCUAUUCCACGACGUGCUAUGCUCUUGGACGUUAUGGAAAUGGACAUCCUUAUACUAUAAACCUACGAGCAACUGUAGGACUUAGUGGUUGGCUUCCUGGUUGGAGGAGCUUAAGGAGCAAGAUAGAAAGUUCGAAUGAGGUUGCAAGACGUGCUGCAUCAAUGCCAAUCAUACUUGCACAUGGAACUUCGGAUGAUGUAGUGCCUUAUCAAUUUGGAGAAAAAUCUGCUCAAACACUUGCCAUGGCUGGAUUCCGACAAGUUAUGUUCAAACCAUAUGAAGGGCUUGGUCACUAUACAGUUCCUAAAGAAAUGAAUGAGGUGGUUCACUGGCUCGCCUCAAGGCUUGGUCUCGAGGGCUCGCGUUAAACUCUGCACGCCAUCUUCUAAGUCAUCUAGUAGCGGCGCUAUUAUACAA